CCCCACAGUACGCAUACACUCCCUGCUCGUCCGCUAGAUUUCAUUUCAUCCCGGUCUUUUAUCCAUAGACGCCCUCCUCUGCUAUGGCCAUCUUCUCCCAUCGCCGUCACCACUGGGCGUACGUCUGGAUACCCGCGUUCGGCGCGUUCAUAUGGUGCGGGACGCUGCUUGCGAUGAUUGUUACCUGGGCAGCGCAGGGCAAGCCGCAUUAUGUGUCCGAAGACGGGUCGAUACCCUACAUUUCAGAUAUUGGAGCGGAUAUCUUGAAGCCGCUGUUCGUCGUGGGGUGCUGUAUCACGGCGGUGUCGUUUUUCUUGAGUCUCGUGUGCGAGCGGUGGCUGAGGCACUCGGGGAGGCUUAUCGCUGAUAUGCGGAGGAGAGAGAAAGUCUUCUCAAUACUCGCAAUUCUCGGCUCAUUUAUCGGCGGAUGCGGACUUAUUCUCCUUUCGAUCUUCGACACAAAGCGCUUCACAUCCCUACACCGAGUAUUCCUACUCGUGUUCAUCGUCGGCGUGGGUCUAAGCGCCAUUUUCACCAUCAUCGAGUUUCGCUGGAUCUCCAAAGACUUCACCGAAAUCCGCCGACUCAAAAUCGCCUACCUCGCAAAAGCGCUCAUCGCAGGCCUGCUCAUCCUCCUCGCGAUCGCCUUCGCCAUCGCGCUCUACCAGUCCACCAACGUCGGCGCCGUCCUCGAGUGGACAAUCGCCUUCGGGUACACGUUCUACCUCCUCACGUUCGUGUACGACUUGUACAUGAGCAAGGGCAUGCACAAGGGCGAGCUCAGCCGCGACCGCCUGAUGCGCGAGAACGGCUUGGCUGGCCAGGGGGCGACGAUUUGGGGUCGGGGGAGUGUUAGCACUGCAGGCGGGACGGCGAGGAAUAGCCAGGAUACGUAUGGCAUGCCGACGUAUGGCCAGGGGACGUACGGCCGCGGCAAUGGUCAUAUCGCUUAAAGGUGAUUUUGCGCCCUUGUCUCUCGGACACGAGCAAAACGAAUGUUGGGAGGGAAAGCUUAUCCCCAUACUCUUGGACUGUGACAGCGGAAUGAAUGGUCAUUCAAUGUAGACCAUGGAUGGAUUCACGAAGUGUUACGAUAAUCUUGUAUCCAUAUACCUGUAGAAGCUUUCGUAAUGUUCCGUUGUAUCGUUAUGAGCUCACGCUCUGUAAUUCCAUUAAAUUAUGCCAUUUCAGC